UUGACAACACAGAUAAAAUCCGAAUGCCGGUGGUGACGCUAUACCCUAAAUCGCCCACCGAACUGUACGCGAACUGGACCCUCGUGGAGUGCAAGACAAGAUGUCCCAUCAUGCAGCAGAACAUUCAGUGGAAGAGGAAAAGAAAACACUACCAUCUGGAGGAGUUCUUGCAGCCAAACGUCACGGAGUACACCAUUAAUAAUCUGCAGCCAAACAAAUCUUACAAAGUGAGAGUCCUGUUGGCUACCAGUGCUGGCUACCCAGAACACAUGAUUCGGCUGCCCUGGUACACCGUCAGGAUGCCACGCAGCAGCUCUGACUUGCCACGGGAUAAUGUCUUCCUCAUCGUUCAUCUCUCCACUUGCAGCCAGAGGCCCACCGAGGUCUUGGUAAAUUGGACGCUGGACGCCUCACUGCAGAAGGAUCUUGCCAAUUAUCAUGUGUUGUAUAACACCUCCACCUCUGUCUGGCAAAAAGAACUCCCAACGACCGAAACUUCCCUAACACUCACAUAUCUAGUUCCGAGAACGUGUUACGGCGUGAAGGUCCGAGCCACCUACAGCACCGGGCGAAACAGCACCGAGUCUUACCUGAAGACCAUCUGCACACUGCCACGGCCUCCCCACAUCCUCUCCCAACACUCCAACACCAACAGGAUCAAAGUGAACAAGCUCAGGACCAAGGUGCUGAACACUACCAGCAUGCGCAUCACCUGGAAACACACGCCGCGGAAGAUCCAGGUCGACUUCUACACCAUUAGGGUCGAGAACGUUGAAUCAGACCCGAACAGCCAAACGGAAACACCCGAAGACAAGCGGAGUGAGGUGAAGGGGACGCAUUUGGAGGCCGCGGGAAGAGGUCCUCGCAGCCCACAGCCGACGAAAUACGAAGAUUCCCGAGACACGGCUAAUAUUAAAAUAUGACCAUGAGGUCAAGCUGUACCGAGUCACCAACCGGAAGCUGACGGUGACGAGCCUGAAGCAGGACCACAACUACAAGGUCACCGUCACGGCCUCCACCACCACCCUCACAGGUCACUCCGCCACCACCUACGUCACUCCAGAUGAAGGAGUUCCCACGGCGCCGCUGAACGUGACGUGGGUUCCUGCAAGCCCGAAAGAUGCCGUUCUCACCUGGAGCCCUCCACGCCUCAUCAACGGCCGUUUAGUGCACUACCUGGUGAAAUUUUCUCACGAUCAGUGUAUCAUUAAAAUGAUAUGUUAACCA